CGCAGGGAGAACAAACUCAGCGCAGACAGCGAAAGUACUCGCUCGGCUCAACCUGCUGCCUGUCCGGACUCUAUCAUGACUCGGCGGCCGAGAAACAGUGUUUACAGCAGCGAGGAAGAUGAGGAGGAGACAGAUAUGUACGAACAUGACUAUGAUGGGUCGGUGGCCAAGACAGGGAAACGCCACCUUGGCAAAACCCGCUGGACACGAGAAGAGGAUGAGAAGCUGAAGAAACUUGUUGAGCUUCAUGGAUCAGAAGAUUGGAAACUCAUUGCAAGCCUGUUAAGUAACCGUACAGAUGUGCAGUGCCAACACAGGUGGCAGAAGGUUCUCAACCCAGAACUCAUUAAAGGACCCUGGACCAAAGAGGAGGACCAGCGGGUGAUAGAGCUUGUCCAGAAGUACGGAGCCAAGCGUUGGUCCGUCAUCGCCAAACACCUUAAGGGACGAAUAGGCAAACAGUGCCGCGAGCGCUGGCACAACCACCUGAACCCAGAGGUGAAGAAGACUUCGUGGACCGAAGAGGAGGACAGGAUCAUCUACCAGGCGCACGAGAAGCUUGGGAACCGUUGGGCCGAGAUCGCCAAGCUCCUUCCCGGCAGGACUGACAACGCCAUAAAGAACCACUGGAAUUCCACCAUGAGGCGGAAGGUGGAGCAGGAGGGCUACCUGCAGAGCGCGCUGAAGACCGGCAGCUCCUCGCUGUCCAUCAGCCACGGCUACGUCAAGUCCACCAACCACAUCAUGAGUUUCCCCCACCACUCACCCAAUCACGCACAGCUGUCUCCCGUGUCGCCACUAAACUACACCUACAUGUCUGACACACACAGAGUGCCCUUCCCAAUGGCAUUACACCUAAACAUCCUGAACAUCUCCCAGCAUGGAACCGCUGCCAUACAAAGACACUAUAGUGAGGAGGACCCUGAGAAGGAGCAGAGAGUGAAAGAGAUCGAACUGCUGCUCAUGUCGACAGAAAACGAGCUGAAAGGCCAACCAGCACUACCAAUGAAUUUGAAUUUUCCGAGCUGGGCCAGUCAGAGCUCUGUGGUCAGCAGCUCGGAUGGUGCAGCGAUGUCUUUACCUCAUCAUCAGGCAGCCGCCCCGGCCCUGCCUCACGACCAGAGCUGCCUGCCGGAGGAGAGCGCCUCAGCAACACGUGCCCACAGCAACAACACAAGCAGCAGCAGCAGCAGCCAUCACAGCAGUCCAACAUUCUCAAAUACGUCUCCAGACUUCAUGGAAUCCGUCAUCGAUUUAUUUCUCAACCAGUCGAUGAGCUCAGAGCACUCUGACGACAGUUUACGAAUGAGCAUGCCUGUGGACUCCAAGCCUCUCAUCGACCACUCUGUCAGGCCUCAGAAGGAGAACGAAAUAUUCCGAACUCCGAACAUCCGCCGAUCAAUCCUCGAGUCGAGUCCGUGCACGCCCACACCAUUCAGAUCCAGUCUGGCUUUUCAGGAGGCCAAGUACGGACCCCUCAAACUAAUGGGUACAGCUUUGGAGCAGCAGAUGGCUGUGUCUAUCAAGCAGGAGCCGAUGGAGUGUGCCAUUGACCAGCCUCCUCUGAAGAAGAUCAAACAGGAGGUGGAGUCCCCACGUGAGAGGAGCCCCUGCAUGCAGUGGGAAGGACAGGAACUCAACACACAACUCUUCUCCCCCAACUCCUCUGCACAGGAAGUACCUGAUCUGCUCACGAGCUCAUUGCUGAGUGAUGAGGGACACAAAACCUACCACGUUCCUCACAGAGGCAUGCACAGCCCACUACAGCAGCAGCUGCAGCUCAGUUCCUGGGAGCAGGCGACCUGUGGGAAAACAGAGGAGCACGCCUCAGAGCAGAGCAACAAGUACAUCAACACUUACCCUACGAGGACACUGGUGAUGUAGACAGAGACCGAUCUGGAAACAUCAACGCUCGCUGCGCUGGACACGGCGUCGCAGGUUUCAUUUUUGUUGUGGUACAACAGUUGGGAGAGGCUUCACGCCACCAGUGUUUUUACACUUAAACUUGUUGGAUUUCAACCAGCAAAAAACUACAUCUUCAAAAAAAAC